CGAGAACAGGCGUCUACACCCGCGCUGGAGUUUAGAAACAGCGAGUAAAGCUCUGCAGUGUUUCUGAAAAUAAAUAAAUAAAAACCAAGAACAGGAAGUUCGUCAUUUUACCGACGUUUUGGCAUUUUAAAAAUACGUCAUUUAGAAGCGACGGCGGUCGCGCGUGAAUUCGGCAAAGCUGUUCAGGAAUCGAUCUAAGGCCAUUUAAUCAGUGAUCCAGGAAAUGAAGAAGGAAGAAGAGGAGGAGGAGCAGAGGAGGACUUCAGCUCAAAGCCCAGCAGAGAACGAAACCGCUAAAGACAGAAGAGAUGAUGAGGAUGAGGAUGAAGAUGAAGAGCAGGCAUCCGAAGAACAAGAUAAUUGUGAUGGUGCAAUAAAGAAGGACAAGCGUGUUCCUGGUAUCAUUUACCUGGGUCACAUUCCUCCGAGGUUCCGACCCAAACACCUGAGGAACAUGUUGUCGGCGUACGGAGAGAUCGGACGCAUCUUCCUGCAGCCUGAAGACCACCAGGUGAGGAGGAAGAAGAAGAAGUCUGGCUCGAGGAGGUUGGACUUCACUGAAGGAUGGGUGGAGUUCAGAGACAAGCGAGUGGCAAAGAGGGUGGCUCUGUCGCUCCACAACACACCUAUGGGAACCCACAAAAGGCAGAGGUUCUUCUCCGACUUGUGGAACAUGAAGUACCUGCACAGGUUCCAGUGGACUCACCUGAGUGAGCGGCUGGCCUACGAGCAGACGGUGCUGCAGCAGCGACUCCGAGCUGAAGUUUCUCAGGCUAAGAGGGAAACAAACUUUUACCUGAACAACGUGGAGAAGAGCGUUCGUCUGGACAAGCGGAGGAAGCGGCGGAAGGACGGUGAACAGGUGAGCGAGAAGAGCUGGGACUUCACUCAGCGUCAAACAGAAGAGGAGAUCCAGAAGAAGAAAAGAGCCUCCAAGACUGGGCAGCACCUGAAGAAGGCACACCUGAUAGAGCAGAAGAGCCAAUCAAACGUCUCGCUGUUGGCCAAGAUUUUUAACUCCAGCAAAUCGGAGUAGCUUCAAACCCCCGUUGGGGUUUCCUCCAGAUAUCUACAUGAACUGACCUCAACGCCUUCAUCUCCGGCCAGUCGUGUGGUCAGAAGUGGAAGGAGGAGCUGCACCUUCUGCUCUUGAAUGACUAAAUGGAAUUUUUCCACUUUGUAUGUUUAACGUCGUCAAUAAACAUUUUCUGCUUUAUUUUGAUGGAACAUCAUCAAAUUUAGCAGCUUUCCUGCAGAAGAAACCCAGUUUCAGCGUUGUGAUGUUUCUCUGUGUGAAGGAAAUAAAAGGUUCUUACUUA